UUUUUGUAAGUUUUAGCCCAAAAAUUGGUCCCAGCUAAUAAUCCAGGCCCACUAUGGAUCCAUUGUGAGCCCAACUAAUAUCCAAAGGCCCAUUCCUUAAGGCCCACUAAUGGAGAAAGGCGACACUGCAAUCUCCUUUGUUUCUCCCCGUCUUCAAUAUCUCACCUCAGUUGCAGAGAAGCUCUGAACAGAGAGAAAAGCCAUGAAUAUUUUCGGUUCGAGCAGAUCUCCGAUCAAUGGAUGGAACUCGAAGAAAUCCAAUUUUCUGCACCGACGUUUUUCUUUGCCUGUUCUCGCUCUACUCUUCUUCUGUUCCUUCUUUCUCCUCUACCUGUUCUCCUCCUACUCUUCCUUCAUGCCCUCGACUGCAUUCUCAACUUCAAAUUCGCGCCAAUGCAGUUCCCGGAUCUUAGAUUUGGGGGAGAGAUUUCUGUUUUACGCGCCUCACAGCGGAUUUAGCAACCAGCUUUCUGAGUUCAAGAAUGCAAUUCUCAUGGCCGGGAUUCUCAACCGGACUCUUGUUGUUCCUCCGAUUCUGGAUCACCAUGCCGUAGCUCUCGGGAGUUGUCCGAAAUUCAGAGUUACGGAUCCUGGUGAGAUUCGGUUUUCGGUUUGGGAGCAUAUGCUUGAACUUCUUCGGAAUGGAAGGUAUGUUUCAAUGGCGGAUAUUGUAGAUAUUUCAUCUUUAGCUUCUUACUCUUCUAUUAAGGCAAUAGAUUUUAGGACCUUUGCAUACUUAUGGUGUGGAGUGGAUCUGGAAAGUGUUUGUUCCAAUGAAUACAACCUAAAGCAAUGUGGUCGUCUACUAGCAGGGCUUGAUGGAAAUGUAGACAAAUGUUUACAUGCUGUAGAUGAAGAUUGCAGAACUACAGUUUGGACUUACAAAAAUGGUGAAGUUGAUGUAGCAUUAGACGUUUUUCAGCCUAACGAACAGCUUAAGAAGAAAAAGAAUGUGUCGUAUGUCAGACGCCGUCGAGAUGUAUAUAGAGCCCUUGGACCUGAUUCCAAAGCCGAACUCGCUGCUGUUUUGUCGUUUGGAAGUCUUUUUACUGCUCCAUACAAAGGUUCAGAACUGUAUAUUGAUAUCCAUGAAGUUAGUGGAGAUCAAAGAAUUAGUUCUUUGAUAAAAAGCAUUGAGUAUCUACCAUUUGUCCCAGAAAUCUUGAGCGCAGGGAAAGAGUAUAUUGACAAGAUCAUAAAAGCUCCAUUUCUUUGUGCUCAACUGAGAUUGUUAGAUGGGCAGUUCAAAAAUCACUGGAACGCUACUUUUUUGGCCCUCGAACAGAAACUAGACUCUAUAUUGCAGGAUGGUAAUGAACCCGUUCAUGUCUUUGUGAUGACCGAUCUUCCUGAAUCGAAUUGGACUGGAAGCUACUUAAGGCAUCUGGCUAGGGAUUCAAAUCACUUCAAACUCUUUUUACUCAAAGAACACGAUGAAUUGGUUCAACGAGCAUCGAAAAAAGUGAUGGCUGUAGGACAUGGCUUGAGAUCGACAUCCAGUGCAUUUGGUCCUAGCAGAAUUCAUGAUAUGAAGAACAAAUGUACUUCUGAGAGAUUACCCGAUAUUCUCUUAUACAUAGAGGAAACUGUUUGCAGUUGUGCUUCACUUGGUUUUGUUGGCACUGCUGGCUCCACAAUUGCAGAAAGCAUAGAGCUGAUGAGAAAAUAUGGAUUAUGUUCAGAUCAAAAUUCAACCCCAUCUUGACAUUUGACUUCGAACUUUAAAUUCUUUAGGAUGUCCACUGAAGUUGUUCUGUGUCGACUUAGUAUCUCUGGAUCAUUUGACGUAGUCAAUGCUGAUGUACUUGGAUUGAACGUAUGCAAACCAUUUGAUUCUGCUCGGUUUGUCAUCCAUUGAAGACUACUCGAAUCAUGCUUCGAAUUUACCAGCAUCUGGUUAUGGUGGAUUUCACCAACAUUUGAAUUCUUUAGGACGUCCACUGAUGUUGUUCUGUGUCGACUUAGUAUCUCUGGAUCAUUUGACGUAGUCAAUGCUGAUGUACUUGGAUUGAACGUAUGCAAACCAUUUGAUUCUGCUCGGUUUGUCAUCCAUUGAAGACUACUCGAAUCAUGCUUCGAAUUUACCAGCAUCUGGUUAUGGUGGAUUUCACCAACAUUUGAAUUCUUUAGGACGUCCACUGAUGUUGUUCUGUGUUGACUUAGUAUCUCUGGAUCAUUCGACGUAGUCAAUGCUGAUGUACUUGGAUUGAACGUAUGCAAACCAUUUGAUUCUGCUCGGCUUGUCAUGCAUUGAAGGCUACUCGAAUCAGGCUUCAAAUUUACCAGCAUCUGGGUAUGGUGGAUUGUACCAACAUUGAUCAUCACAUCAGUUUUCAAGGUUGCAUUUGGAUAUAUUGGUCAUCUUCCUUGAUUGAGAUGCAUGGAGCUGGCAGCUAAGGGUAUAGACAAGGAAAAAUGGUCGGUUUGAUCUGAACCGAGCGGGUUCGGUUUGUUCGUGUCCCUUGGCAGCUUGAGCCUAGCAUAAUGUCAUUUUCUCCUUCCCUAUUGUCUGCACAAGCUUUGUGCUCAGAUCUGGUAAGGAUAUACAAAAUCAAUGUUUAUUUUGUGGAGCUAAACUUUUGAAAACUUUGAUAAUUAAUAUCUAAGUAUAUAAAUACCUCAGAAUUAUAGGAUU